CUAGAAAUCUUCUUACUUGCACAUUAUCGCAGUACUGACAAGUGUGCGAUUGCAAAUUCACUUGGUUCGGUUUGUUAGAUGAUCUUUUUUAACGAAAUUUUCGACAAUUUUAAAUAAACGCGCACAGACACAUUUUUAAAAUAAAGAAAGGAUGAGUCGAAUUGCAAAAAAGAAAAGUGUUAAUCUCGAGGAGAUUAAAUUGCCGCCGAUUAGAACGCCUGGCCCGAUUAAAAUCUGGAAAAUUGUUGAUGGAUUUAAAACCGUUGGAGAUGAAUCUAAACCCGUUAAGAUAAUUUUGCAAGAAAUACCGGAGGACAGAUACGAAGAUUUUCUCGAUUAUAUGUCCACAUAUUUCAUCGUAGACGAACCUUGCUGUUCUUGUCUAAAAUUAAUGGAAGAUCCGUUAGCUAUGCAUGAAUUUCGAGAUCUAUGGACAAUAAUCUUAAAACAAGGAUUGGCGAUCGGUGCCUUUGUCGAAAAUCCCAAAGGAGGUAAACCCGAAAUAGUGGGAGCUAAUAUAAUAGGAGUUGAAAUUAAAGAUGACGAAAGAAAAGUUGAUAAUUAUCCGCUGGAAUCACCUUUAGCUAAAAAGGUAAUCGAACCUGUGAUAUCGUUGUGCAAAGAAGCGAAGAUUUACGAACACUUCAAUACUGAUAGAUACAUGUAUGCUCUUGGAUUAAGCGUUCAUCCUUUCUAUCGCGGUCAUAAUCUUGGUGCACAUAUUCUACGUGCAAGAGAACAAAUUGGUCGAGCAUACAAUGUUCCCGUGACGGCAACAGCAUUUACUUCGACGAUUUCUCAAAAAUCAGCUACCCGUUGUGGAUACGAAGUUCUAUUAGCCAGAGAUUACGAUCAGAUAUUAGACGAGAAUGGGAAGGAAAACUUUCCUAAUAUUCAAUUUAAAACGUUCAAAGUAAUGGGAAGAAGAUUGUAUUGAAUUACCCUCGUCUGUAUUAUUUCAUUUAAUUAACCUUUAAAAUAUUGAUAUCGAAUAUUAAGAGACAUUGUUUGCAAACAAUUUAAAGAAGCGUCUGUCUAAUCGAUAAAAUUCAAUGAUAGUGAAAAUAGGAAGAUAACUUAAAUAUAAUUAAAGCUGAUUAACGUGACAAUG